AUGGCACGGAAAUCGGCACAGUUUAAAAUUUUCAAAAUAACCAAUUUCAACGAUGUGACCGUCAACCAACUGUGUAGUUACGUUCAGGGUCUGCACAGGCACAUACAAAAGCAACAAGUCCGGAUACAGAAGCUGAAGCUGAAAAUCAAAACGCUGCGAAUACUGCGAAAACGUUAUAGCCAAGCGGAGGGGAACGUAGUGCAAGACACAAAUGAACAUCAGAAUCAGGCGCCUAAUGAGAAAGCCGACACAAGAGAAGAACCUCUCGAUAUCAAGGCGUUUGUGGAGGACAUUAAGAAAACUGCCCAAGAUGUGGAUAUUCAAAAUCGGUACAUCUACGAACCGACCUCUGGCAUGUACUACGAUCCAGAAACCGGAUACUACUACAACUCCAUCUAUGGAUUGCACUACGAUGGUCAGAGGGGCUGCUAUUUGAAGUAUAACGAUACCACGCAGGAGUAUGACUUUUACUCGCAAGUCAUUCCAGAAACUAUGCUAGAGCCGGAAAGCAAAGCCAAGAAAAAGAAGACAAAGCAACCAGCGGAGUCCGGCAGUAAAAGUACGUCGAAGAAGGCUCGCGACAGUGACGACAGUCCCGAACGCAGUCGGCGGCACCGAAAGCACAGAAAACGUUCUCGAAGGCGUCACAGGUCACGGUCUCGUUCUCGGGGAUCGUCCAGUGACGACAGCAGCGUUAGCAGUGUCAGCUCAACUGCAAAACGAUCCAAAAAGAAGAAACGUAAAUCGAAGAAGCGUAAGCAUCGGAAGUCCCGAUCCAUCGAGGCACUGGAAGAGGGCGAGCUGACCAGCAGUGACACAAGUUGUUCAAAAGCGCCAUCGGUGGUACUCGUCGAAUCGAGCGGUGAAAAUAGUGCCGACUCGUCCGAACAGUUCAAAACCAGCUACAAAGACGUGGCCAAGCGCUAUCCCCCAUCGUUGCGAAUAGUGGUGAAGGACACUAAUCUGAAGGAUUUGAAAGUCGGUUCACUGUUUAUCGUAACCUGCAAGGGUGGAACCCUCGGGCGGGAGGGCAACCAUGAUGUCAUCAUCCCGGAUAUCAACAUAUCCAAGCGGCAUCUGGAGUUCGUGUACAACGAUCAGAAGGCCAGCUAUCAGUUUGUGGAUCUCGGUUCGCGUAACGGCACGCUCUACAACGGGGUGCCUGUGAAGAUGUCCAAAAACCAAUCACAGAGUGAUCCGGUCGUUCUCUUGCACGGCAGCGUUUUGCAGCUCAAUCAAACCAAACUGCUGUGUCACGUGCACGAGGGAAAUGCAACGUGCGGCAAGUGCGAACCAGGUCUGCUGGUAAGCAGUGAACCGACUGUACCUCUGGAAAACGCAUCGAAAAUCAACAAACCCGUGUCUCACAAGGAAGGCCUGAAAUUAAUUCAAAAGCGCUUUGGUUUGGAAAAUGAGAAAUAUAUCGGCGUGGGGGACGGCCAAGGACGGAACCAGCGGAUUGGACCGGACUACCAGGAUCGGGCGGCUACCCGACGCAAAGUAAAAGGCAGCUCGAACGAGCACGAAAAAACGCAGGUAGCAUCGCUUGAUCAAUCGAUUGCCAGCGACAACAAGGGCUUCCAGAUGCUGUCCAAGCUUGGCUGGAACGAGGGUAAACCCCUCGGUCGAAACGAUGACGGCCUAACGGAGCCGAUUACGUUAACAUCGAACGUCGGCACGUCGGGAUUGGGGUGUCAGGGUCAGCUGCAGCUGGGCGCUAAUGUGCAUCCGGUCAAUCCCAAGCGCCACAGCAUAUGGCGUAAAACUCAGGAACGUUUUGAGCGAUCGGCAGCCUUCAAAGCCGAGAGUAGCGAUGGUUCAGAUUAG